AUGCUUUCAAGACUAGUUCAAAGAAUCACACAAUUUCCCAUUCCGCAGCAAAGAUACACAAUCCCAACUUUCCGUGUUUUUUUAUACUCGACUUUGUCUACUUGCGAUGAUCUUCCAAAGAAGCUCAAGAAAUUUGAGAGGAAACCAUUGGUAACAAGUAUAAACGAACUAAAACGACGAGGUAGGGAGAAGAGAAAGGAGAGACAAAAGGUUGAUGAGAUUGUUUUACAGUCUCCUGAAAAUGGAUUGCUGGUUCAGAAAUUAGUUCCUAUCGCUAAGGAAGUUUUUGCUGCUAGAUCUGAAUUAUUGUCCUGUGUUUCUAGACUUGUGAAGUUUAUUGCAAUUUAUUCAUGCAGCAUAUGUGGAGAGGUUCAUGUUGGUGAUCCACCGCAUCAAAUUAGAACAUGUAAUGUAAGAGGAAGCUUGUCAAGCAAAGAACACAGUUGGGUCAAAGGUGGUAUUGAACAUAUUCUGCCUCUUGUUGAGUCAUUUCAUCUGUAUGACAGAAUUGGGAGGGCUGUUUCACAUAAUGAAAUGCUUCAAGUGGACCAAAUUCCUGCAAUUGUUGAAUUGUGUAUCCAGGCAGGUGUUGACAUACCUGAGUACCUUACUAGGAGAAGGACCUUUCCUGUUUACUGUGUUGCUGGUCGGAUAAUCGAUUUUGAGAAAAGAUUUCCUAAAGAAAUUUCUCUUGACAAAGAUAUAGAUGAAUAUGGAUUUCCAUAUAAGAAAAAGAGAUUGGAUGAAGACACAAAUUCCAUGGAAAUGCAUUGUGAUGACAUCCAAGCUGUUGCUGUCCGAGGCAUGAAAGCCUGGAAGAAGAUGUGCUCCGGAGCUUCAAAGCUUAUGGAGAAAUAUGCAGUACAAACUUGUGGAUACUGUCCAGAGGUACAAGUGGGACCUAAAGGUCAUAGAGUGCGAAACUGUCAAGCUUACAAACACCAAAUGAGGGAUGGGCAACAUGCAUGGCAGGAGGCCACAAUAAACGAUUUUGUGCCUCCUGUAUAUGUCUAUCACAUUCAAGAUCAGAAACCCAAUAAGCCUUUGGCAAAUGAAUUGAAAAGGUACUAUGGUAUGUUACCCGCAGUUGUUGAGCUAUUUUCACAGGCUGGAGCACCAGUUGAAAAGAAUUAUGCACAUACAAUGAGGGUAGAUGUUGUAGUACCUGAUAUGGAUGAGGAAAAGUGGGUUGUUUAG